AUGAGCCAGUUGAAAUUUGGAUCAUAUAUCAUUAGUUUUCUCAGCGGUGAUUUUAUUGUGCUUAUAAAUACACAAUCUAUCUAUCUAUCUAUCUAUCUAUCUAUCUAUCUAUCUAUCUAUCUAUCUCUAUUCAUAUCUAUCUCAUUCUAUUCAUAUCUAUCUCAUUCUAUUCAUAUCUAUCUAUCUAUCUAUCUAUCUAUCUAUCUAUCUAUCUAUCUAUCUAUCUAUCUCAGUCUAUUCCCAUCUAUCUCUAUUCAUAUCUAUCUUAUUAUCUCCAUUAUCUACAUCAUUCUGUUUCUAUCUAUCUAUCUAUCUAUCUAUCUAUCUAUCUAUCUAUCUAUCUAUCUAUCUAUCUAUCUAUCACAUUAUGUCCAUUAUCUAUCUAUCUAUCUAUCUAUCUAUCUAUCUCACUCUAUUCAUAUCUAUCUCUUUCUAUUCAAAUCUUUCUCAUUCUAUUAA